AACAGCUGAGUGAGCAGCAGUGACAGGACAGCAGCAGCACGGAGCAGGGAAAGUGUUCAGCUGUCUGUCUGUCAGGACUCGUUGCGCCCCGGUUACUGACACUCCGAUAUCAUGUCGUUCAUUCUCAUGAAGAAAAAGAGGUUUAAAUUUAAAGUGGACUUCGACUUGGAGGAGUUGUCAUCGGUGCCCUUCGUAAAUACAAUUUUAUUCUGUAAAGUUAGACUCGUGGAUGGAGGCUUCGCCGAAGAGUCGUCUCGGGAGCCAGUCCAAGCCAACUCUGUACACUGGAGGAAGAGAUUCUCUUUCAUGUGUAAGAUGAGUGCCAAUGCUGGGACAGGUGUACUGGACCCUUGUGUGUGUCGGGUGUCUGUGCGCAAGGAAUUGAAGGGUGGAAAAUCUUUUGCAAAGCUGGGCUUUGCUGACUUGAACCUGUCUGAGUUUGCUGGGUCUGGCAGCACCACACGACGGUGUCUCCUGGAGGGAUAUGACACAAAGAACACCAGACAGGACAACUCAAUUCUGAAGGUUGUCAUCACCACGCAACUUAUGUCUGGAGACCCGUGUUUUAAAACUCCGCCAUCUACUGCCAUGACUCUGGGAAUCCCACAGGCUGAAGCAGAGUGUCUCCUCGAGGACAGGAAAGGAGGGGACCUGAACAUAUCCCAUUCACUAACUGGAACUCCGGUAAAGUCUGUAUCAGUCCCAGAGGAGCUGGUAGCGUACGGUCACUCUAGAACACCCAGCCAUACGAGUCAGCAGUCAAAAAUCUCAGGAUACAGCUCGAAUCACUCCAGUUAUACAGAUCUGUCUCAUCGGAGGAGCGCAUCAGGAGGUUCUGCCUCCACAGGCAUCGGCAGCAUCCUGGAGCCCAGUGAUCAGCAGGGGGAGAGCAGGAUCACUCCCCCAGGUUCUGCAACCGGUCACCACUCAUCUGAAUACCCCUCUACUCCUGUUAAAGUUCCAAGACAUCCAGUAAAGCAGAACUCAGUGGAGAAUCAGCUGAAGAGAGUUGAUGCCACCAGGGUGGAUGCUGAUGACAUAAUAGAGAAAAUCCUGCAGAGCCAGGAUUUCAGCCACGGCUUCUUGGACUCCAGUGCAGAGGAGGAGGGGCUCAGCUUGUUUGUCGGUCCUGGUGGGAGUACAGCCUUGGGAAGCCAGCAUAUGAGGGUCACAGCUGGAGCCUUUGAGCAGGUGGUGAUCAAGCGCUAGGCUUUGGGAAGCAUGUGCCCGUCAUAAAGGGUGCUGUAUUACACUGAUGUGGGGGACACAAGACUGAGUUGUGGAGGUGCCAUCAGAUCUUUCGCCUGCCUCACUCCAAGAGAUUUGGUUUCUCUUACACAAUCCCUCUGGAGCUGACCUACAGAGUCUGUUGGCCAGGAGAGCCCUCUUGUGUUCAAGACGUGGAGGUGAAAGCCACAUUACUGGAACAUUGUGGUGACUGAGAUAACCAGUGUACUGACAUUUCUGUUGAUCUUCUUCUAUGAAAACUGUCAUACUAAGCCUUAGUACUGUAAUUGUGCACAUAUUGUUCAGCCAUCUUGGUGUCUGUUAAGGGGUCUCUCUGCUAUUUUAAGAUUAUGUUAAGUAUCUAACAUGCCUUCACUUUGGUAUGGCUGAUUUUGUUUCACCAUAAGUGGCUGGAGGGGGGGGAGACUGCGUCUGUUCCUUGAAGUCCUAUAUAUUUAAAGUAAUAUAAAACUGACAUUUUGAAAUUUACUGUUGCAGCUUAUGCCAAUUAUAGAUAAACACCUCUGUUCACCUGGUUGUGAGGGAGGAUGACUGCAUUUUAAUACCACAAAGUUUUUAUGUUUUGUUUUUUCUGUCUAUUUUGUGUGAGAAUGUACGUAUGGCUGUUGACUGUAGACAAAAGUAAUGAAUUUAUUUUUACCACAGAUUUUGUAAAUGUGCCAGACUUAGUAGAAUGUAUAUUUGCUGCCACUCAAGAAGUCAUAACUAAAGUAUGUAAGCUAUAUAUAUGUAUUGAAAGUCAACUGUUUUAAAAUAUAUGUUGUUUUGAAGGCCAAAUAAAAACGUGAAAUUAAAAAAUA